GUGGGGGCGUAUGAGGUGUGACAUAGUUGGAGCUGGAUACAAACCAGAGCUGAGAGAGAGUCCCUGCCAGUGAACAUCUCAUCAGUGAGACAGACUCAUUCAGGCAGAGGGUGAAGGGAAUCAGCCGCUCAGGAUGACGCAUCACUUUCCUACACUCUCGGAGGCCCAGAAGAGGGAGCUGCAUGAGACUGCUCUACGCAUAGUUUCUCCAGGGAAGGGCAUCCUGGCUGCAGACGAGUCUGUGGGCAGCAUGGCUAAGCGGCUUGCACAGGUCGGCGUGGAGAACACAGAGGAGAACCGCAGACAGUUCCGUCAGAUUCUUUUCAGUGCAGACGACCGCAUCAAUGGUUGCAUUGGAGGAGUCAUAUUCUUCCAUGAGACGCUGUACCAACACACUGAUAACGGUGUUCCCUUUGUAAAAAUGAUCAGGGACAGGGGCAUCAUGGUUGGCGUCAAGGUUGACAAAGGUGUUGUGCCCCUUGCAGGAACUUCUGGAGAAACCACCACACAGGGUCUAGAUGGUUUAUCAGAACGCUGUGCUCAGUAUAAAAAGGAUGGAGCCGUCUUUGCAAAGUGGCGCUGUGUCCUCAAAAUUAGUGAUGCCAAUCCAUCUAAACUGGGAAUCGCCGAAAAUGCAAAUGUACUUGCACGCUACUCCAGUAUUUGCCAACAGCAUGGCAUUGUGCCCAUCAUAGAGCCUGAGAUUUUGCCUGAUGGAGAUCAUGACCUGAAACGCAGCCAGUACAUCACUGAGAAAGUCCUGUCUGCAGUGUACAAGGCCAUGUCGGACCACCAUGUGUACCUGGAAGGCACUCUACUCAAACCCAACAUGGUCACUGCCGGACACAGCUGCCCCACCAAAUACAGCCCAGAGGAGGUCGCUAUGGCUACAAUCACAGCCUUGCGUCGUACUGUUCCCCCAGCAGUUACAGGAGUGGCUUUUCUUUCAGGUGGGCAGAGUGAGGAAGAAGCCUCUGUCCACCUCAAUGCCAUCAACAACUGCCCUCUAGCCAAACCCUGGAUCCUGACGUUCUCCUAUGGCCGAGCCCUGCAGGCAUCUGCACUUAGAUCCUGGAGAGGACACAAAGAGAAUGAGAAAUCUGCCACAGAGCAGUUCAUCAAGAGAGCAGAGGCUAACAGUCUGGCAUGUCAGGGGAAAUACACUGUUGGCGAUCACUACGGCGAGGCUGGCCAGCACGUCUAUGGUUCCUGCCAUGCAUACUGAUUAGUUUUAAGAUUAGCACCUUUCAUGUAGCAUUGUGUUCUCCCAGUAGGCUACCACAACAAGAAUGAAUUGUAAUGUAGACAAUUAAGGUAUUCAAGGAUUCAGUCAUGAUUCUGUUACUUUAUGCUCUUGUUCUAGUGACAUAUCUAAAGCUUUCAACCAUUUAAUACUUGUGAUAAAAUAAGCCACAUGUCAUGUUCUGUAUGUAAAAUGAACUCUGGUUGUACAAGUGUGUAAUGGCAGCACAGUUAAUUGUUACUGAAUUUUUGCGAACGUAUCAUAUUUGCACAGUGCCAAGGGUUUUGAAGAAAAGCAACUGAAACAUAAUGGCUGUUGAAAAUCCGGAGGAACUUUGGGCCAUAUUAAAGUUAAGAAGACAUAUUUUAUAACACAUUAACCUAGCUUACAGUUAGACAACAGCUAACUUAAGCAUUACACCACUUAGUCGAUAUACUAAUAUUUUAUCUAGGAAGUGGGCCACUUCCAUUUCAAGCCACUUCAAGGGGCUUAAACCUUGAUAGAAUUACACGAUUCAAUAAAAAGGGUGAUCAUUUCAGCCCAUAUAAAGUUAACUAGGAAUUUACUUCUGGGUUAAAAUAGUGUUAGUUGGAAUUUUCUUCUUAGCUAACGUGAUGUCAGCUAAUACAUUAAAUACAUUAAAUGAAGCCAGUAGUCUAUAUCAAAUGCCUGGUUUAAUUUAAACUAUUGCUUGAUGUCCUCCAGAUUAUCACUGUCAAUUGUCUUUAACAGGUUCUCAAUAACCAAGAAGCAGAGAAAUGGAGGUGACCCAUGCACAAUCACAAUUAUUGCAAAAACGAUUAGCGUCAAGCUUAUUCUCCAAGUGUCUGCUGCACCUGAGUAAAGUCGACACAACGGCAACCCACAACACAAUGUGAUUUUUAUGUUGUUUAUGUUUAUGUGGUCAUUCUGAAUAGAAACCUUUAAUAGAGUUUUCAUUAGAGAUGUGAAAAUGUUAGCAUUAAAACAAUAAAAUCAUUCAGCCUGGUGUGAACA